AUGUUGGUGAAAGCUUUAGCUCCAACCCAGCAGAGCAGGUUGAAGAGGAUACACUUCUUAGGGAUCGACUUGGUUCCCCCUAGAGGUGUUUUCACGAGGAGGGGUAAUGUUGAAGCACCCGUUGAGGAGGGUGAAGAUCAUUGCUGGGCAUUUCAGAUUGAUGCUGCCCUGAGCUCAUUGUAUACAUUGGCCACCAAUCAAACAUUAGUCUUCACACCCCAAGAACUGAUAGACUUUGAUGCCGGAUCAAAACCUGGGACUAGCUCUAAUAGAAACGAAGGAGGGACUCUUCUGGAUGGUUUUAAUUGGCAUUCAAGACCAGUGUUCUACAUCAAUGGAAUAGGAUUUGUACCUGAAUUUAAAGAAAGCCUUCUGCGUGUUGCAGUAACAUUUCAUCCUAUUUCAUCAUCACUACAGAUAAAAGAUGUAUCUGUCCUGUCUGACUAUUCUAAGGGUAUCUUGAGGCCUUCUCCAGCAGAACUUGAUGGAGAGGUAGAAGGACUCGCAGUACAGAUUGUAGGGUUCGACGUGAUUGAUGGAGAAAGAGUCUGGAAAUUGAAGAACUCUCAUGGUGAGAAGUGGGGCAUGCGUGGUUUCUUUUACGUUAGGAGAGACGUGGAAGAUCCUAGUGAGAACUUUUAUUUGGCACAGAAGCCAGUAUACCCAAUUCUCGAUGGGGUGAAUGAAGAUCUCUUUGCUUGUUUUUAUAGAAGUACUCGAUUGGGAUGUGAGGUGACAAUGAAAGAUCAGUUUGCAAACUACGUUGUAUUGAAAGAAAUAUGCUGUGUAGAAAACCAUUAG